AUGACUUCACAACUGCUCCCGCUGGAGCUCAUCGACAGAUGCGUCGGCUCGCCCAUAUGGGUCAUCAUGAAGGGCGACAAAGAAUUCAGCGGCACUCUGCUCGGCUUUGAUGACUUCGUCAACAUGGUGCUCGAAGACGUGACAGAGCAUGAUUACACCGGCGUCCAAACAAAGCUCCCGAAGAUUCUACUCAACGGCAACAACGUCUGCAUGCUGAUACCUGGAGGAAUGCCCGAUCAAUGA